UUUCUUGCAGGUUUACGAGAUGUACGUGACGGGUUAUCAGUUCAAGGUGCUGUCGCCCGUGUUUACGGUUCACUGGGGAUUGCAGACAAGAAAGAGCAGACCCGCGUGGCGCGAGCGUCAGAACAGUGCCAACAGAAAGCAGUUUGAAACAUUCAAGAAGGAGGUGUUCGCUCGCUACAUGCGGGACCCGCUCAAGAUGAUGAAGAACCCCGCCAACUGACGAAAGCCUCAUCGAGGGUCUCGCUGAUUCCAAGAUUCCUCUAUCAUGUUUUAUGUUCAUUCUUAGGCUCAACAUCGACGAUUCGGAGUAGAAUUAGGCCUCUGGCUACCAGAUCAGUGGCUAUCACCACGUAACGUAGUUGAUAGAUUCGGAGUGUAGCGUAGUUCACGCGAUCGAACACGUCAACGAAGAACUCGUCAUACAAUAACGGGAGGAAAUCUUUGACGAAAGGAUGGUCACGAAAGAUCUUAUCCUCUGAGCAGGAACAACAGCGAAGCGCGCCGUUGAACACUGUGACGGAGCGUCCCGGUAUGCUCCGGAGAGCGGAUGCCAGAUCGAGUGACCGCGAUCGACGGAUUCCCGCUACUUAUCGAACCUUCCGGUUCAUCGAUUCCGCCAGGCGGGACCAACUACGCGAGGCGCUUGUUACUUCCACUCACGAUUCCCCAAAGUCAUCAGAGAUCGCCAUGCGGGAUCGCGGAAUAAAUAUCUCCUCACUUACGGGAUUAAUUAUGUUGGGCGAGGUGUUCCGAGGUUUGAAGGCAGGUUUGCAGGCGCAUGUGGCCUCCAUUUGCUCGCAGGCUGUAUAUAAGUUCAGCAGUGGCUACGAUUAUUCAAUAAAUAUCGUCACCGGUAACGUUUCAUCCGAUUAACCUUCAGAUAACACGCUCUCAUUUUCUUCCUUAACUGACACGGCACGGUCUUUGGAAUCUUGCGGAUUUUCUUUUGUCAUGGGCGAAAAAGACGUUUCGUUAAUUCAGAUUUCAUUAUUUCUAUCUGGAAAAAACUAGGGGAGAGGAACGUGUAGUGAAAAGUAUCGGAAUUUUAUUUUGUUCCAGGGACAAAACAAGAAAGCUCAAUGCCGUGUCAAUUGAGGAUCGAAAAGUCAACGUUUAUUUUAAGACACAGAAUCAUCUUUAUAUCAUAAUGUUUUUACCGAUAGAUGUAAAAUGCUGUGUAGGCGAUGUGUUGUGAGGUAAUAAAAUAUAAUAAAGAAUUACGAAAACAAUA